AUGUCGCAACGGAAGCGCACAAUGGAGUCUUCACAGCCGGAUGACGUCGUCGAAGUGAAGAAGAUGGCGACGGAGGUUCAGUAUGUCACGAGAAGUCUGGCUUCCGACGAACCGGCUCCGUUUUCCGAUGAGGAGACGGCAAUCAUGAUCCGCAAGUCUGUGGACUACUCGACGAAAAUCACCAAGGAAAUGGCAAAAGCCAACGAAGGUGAGGAUCUAGUCUCUAGCCUUUUUCCCAGAAACAGUUUCUAUCAUAGUUGUCACAGUCCGGAUCGGGCCGAGAUGGAAAUUCUUCUCGCCCGGCACGGACGGCCUCAACUGAGGCAUAUUUCAGCAGUUCUAAUGCAUAAUACAGAUAGUUUGUUCUAUAUCUCUUUAAAAGUCUAUUGUUACACGUAUGAAUGAGAAAAUUUCAAAAAAAAUUCGAAAAAAAUGUAAAAAUUAAAUCAUAUAUUAUUCCAGCUGGCCGGCCUGUCAGAAUCUACGCCGACGGAAUCUAUGACCUGUUCCAUCAUGGACACGCCAAUCAGCUCCGCCAAGUGAAGAAAAUGUUCCCGAACGUCUACCUUAUCGUCGGAGGUAAAAUUUUCAAGAUAUUUCCGAAUCAGAAUCACAAAAAUCUUGUUUCAGUUUGUGGUGACCGCGACACUCACAAGUACAAAGGACGUACCGUCACUUCUGAAGCCGAACGAUACGAUGGAGUCCGUCACUGCAGAUACGUGGACGAGGUCUACCGGGAGGCUCCGUGGUUCUGUAGUGUGGAAUUUCUCAAAGAACUCAAGGUGGACUUUAUCGCUCACGAUGCGAUUCCCUAUGUUGCCCCGGGCGAAGAGGAUCUUUACGAGAAGUUUCGGAACGAGGGAAUGUUUUUGGAGACGGAGAGAACCGAGGGAGUUUCGACGAGUGACGUCGUGUGCAGAAUCAUCAGGGACUAUGACAAGUACGUCCGGCGCAAUCUGCAAAGAGGAUACUCUCCGAAGGAAUUGAACGUCGGUUUCUUGGCGGUAAGCGAUAACCAUGAGCAAAAUUUCAACAAAAAAACACAAUUUAGGCGAGCAAGUAUCAGAUCCAAAACAAAGUGGAUUCAUUGAAAAGCAAAGGGAUCGAAUUGCUUUCCACGUGGAAGUCAAAGUCCGAUGAUAUUAUCCGUGAUUUCAUCGACACUUUCCACAAAGACGGAGGCUUGAAUGUAAGUUUUAGUGUAUUUUCUUAGCCAUUUCAUAAAACCUUAAACGUUUCAGGCUUUUGGAGGCCGACUGAAGGGUAUCAUGUCGCUGUCCCGAUCCCCGUCUCCAUCCCCACGCGGGGGCUCUCCAAAUGGCGUCGAAAAGCAAUCUGAAACUCAAGAUGAAGAAGAAGAGGAAGUGGAGGAAGAAGAAGAGGAAGAAGAGACCACUUAUCAUGAGCGAGAAGACGAUUCGGUGCAUUCUGAUGUGAAAACCGAGACACCUUAA